UAGUGAAAGAUACGCUUUCAUUGCAGAGUGGUAUGAUCCAAAUGCUUCACUUCUUCGACGUUAUGAGCUUUUAUUUUACCCAGCGGAUGGAUCUGUUGAAAUGCAUGACAUAAAGAAUCAUCGUACAUUUUUAAAGCGGACCAAGUAUGAUAACCUGCACUUGGAAGAUUUAUUUAUAGGCAACAAAGUGAAUAUCUUCUCUCGACAACUGGUACUAAUUGACUAUGGGGAUCAAUACACCGCUCGCCAGCUGGGCAGUAGGAAAGAAAAAACAUUAGCCCUGAUUAAACCAGAUGCAGUGUCAAAGGCUGGAGAAAUAAUUGAAUUAAUAAACAAAGCUGGAUUUACUAUAACAAAACUCAAAAUGAUGACACUUUCAAGGAAAGAAGCAACAGAUUUUCAUGUAGACCAUCAAUCAAGACCCUUUUUUAAUGAGCUGAUCCAGUUUAUUACAAGUGGUCCUGUUAUUGCCAUGGAGAUUUUAAGAGAUGAUGCUAUAUGUGAAUGGAAACGAUUACUUGGACCUGCAAACUCUGGGGUGGCACGUACAGACGCGCCAGGAAGCAUUAGAGCCCUGUUUGGAACAGACGGCAUACGAAAUGCAGCUCAUGGUCCUGAUUCUUUCGCUUGUGCUGCCAGAGAAAUGGAGUUGUUCUUUCCUUCAAGUGGAGGUUGCGGCCCAGCAAACACUGCUAAAUUUACUAAUUGCACCUGUUGCAUUAUUAAGCCCCAUGCUGUCAGUGAAGGACUGCUUGGAAAAAUCCUGAUGGCUAUUCGAGAUGCAGGUUUUGAUAUCUCAGCUAUGCAAAUGUUUAACAUGGAUCGGGUUAAUGUUGAAGAAUUUUAUGAAGUUUAUAAAGGAGUAGUGACUGAAUAUAAUGAGAUGGUGACAGAAAUGUAUUCUGGCCCUUGUGUAGCAAUGGAGAUUCAACAAAGUAAUUCCACGAAGACAUUUAGAGAAUUCUGUGGACCUGCUGAUCCUGAAAUUGCCCGACAUUUGCGCCCUGGGACUCUCAGAGCAAUCUUUGGUAAAACUAAGAUCCAGAAUACUGUUCACUGUACUGAUCUACCUGAGGAUGGCCUACUAGAGGUUCAGUAUUUCUUCAAGAUCUUGGAUAAUUAGUAGUGGAGAAAGCAAAGAAGUCAGAGGCUGGAACUUUCAGACACGAGACAGUCACGCACAUGAGGAAUGUAUGUGUUCAUUCUUUUAUUGUCCAUUGUUUUAACCUGACUGAAUACAAGAUCAACAAGAGCACUGUACUCCUGGCAAUUAUUACAUAUGUUAGAACAUGGAUUUUGCACUGUAGACAACAUUUAACACCAGUCUGUGGGGUACUGCAUUGCUUUUUAUAAAGUUCAAAAUAAAGAUUUAUUUUCAAACA